AUGGGGCGUCACGAAGAGAUAGAGGAAUGGUCUAAUGAGUCAGAAGAGAUAGAGGAACAUUCUAAUGAGUCAGAGGAGAUAGAGGAACAUUCUAAUGAGUCAGAAGAGAUAGAGGAACAUUCUAAUGAGUCAGAAGAGAUAGAGGAACGGUCUAAUGAGUCAGAGGAGAUAGAGGAACAUUCUAAUGAGUCAGAGGAGAUAGAGGAACAUUCUAAUGAGUCAGAAGAGAUAGAGGAACGGUCUAAUGAGUCAGAGGAGAUAGAGGAACAUUCUAAUGAGGCAGAGGAGAUAGAGGAACAUUCUAAUGAGGUAGAACAGAGAGAGGAAUGUUCUAAUGAGGCAGAAGAGAUAGAGGAACAUUCUAAUGAGGCAGAAGAGAUAGAGGAACAUUCUAAUGAGGCAGAAGAGAUAGAGGAACGUUCUAAUGAGGCAGAGGAGAUAGAGGAACAUUCUAAUGAGGCAGAGGAGAUAGAGGAACAUUCUAAUGAGUCAGAAGAGAUAGAGGAAUGGUCUAAUGAGUCAGAGGAGAUAGAGGAACAUUCUACUGAGGCAGAAGAGAUAGAGGAACGUUCUAAUGAAGCAGAGGAGAUAGAGGAACAUUCUAAUGAGGUAGAAGAGAUAGAGGAACGGUCUAAUGAGUCAGAGGAGAUAGAGGAACAUUCUAAUGAGUCAGAGGAGAUAGAGGAACAUUCUAAUGAGUCAGAAGAGAUAGAGGAAUGGUCUAAUGAGUCAGAAGAGAUAGAGGAAUGGUCUAAUGAGUCAGAGGAGAUAGAGGAACAUUCUAAUGAGGCAGAAGAGAUAGAGGAACGUUCUAAUGAAGCAGAGGAGAUAGAGGAACAUUCUAAUGAGGCAGAAGAGAUAGAGGAACGUUCUAAUGAGGCAGAGGAGAUAGAGGAACAUUCUAAUGAGGCAGAAGAAAUAGAGGAACGUUCUAAUGAGGCAGAGGAGAUAGAGGAACAUUCUAAUGAGGCAGAGGAGAUAGAGGAACAUUCUAAUGAGGCAGAAGAGAUAGAGGAACGUUCUAAUGAGGCAGAGGAGAUAGAGGAACAUUCUAAUGAGGCAGAAGAGAUAGAGGAACAUUCUAAUGAGGCAGAAGAGAUAGGGGAACGUUCUAAUGAGGCAGAGGAGAUAGAGGAACAUUCUAAUGAGGUAGAACAGAGAGAGGAAUGUUCUAAUGAGGCAGAAGAGAUAGAGGAACAUUCUAAUGAGGCAGAAGAGAUAGAGGAACAUUCUAAUGAGGCAGAAGAGAUAGAGGAACGUUCUAAUGAGGCAGAGGAGAUAGAGGAACAUUCUAAUGAGGCAGAGGAGAUAGAGGAACAUUCUAAUGAGUCAGAAGAGAUAGAGGAAUGGUCUAAUGAGUCAGAGGAGAUAGAGGAACAUUCUACUGAGGCAGAAGAGAUAGAGGAACGUUCUAAUGAAGCAGAGGAGAUAGAGGAACAUUCUAAUGAGGCAGAAGAGAUAGAGAAACGUUCUAAUGAGGCAGAGGAGAUAGAGGAACAUUCUAAUGAGGCAGAAGAAAUAGAGGAACGUUCUAAUGAGGCAGAGGAGAUAGAGGAACAUUCUAAUGAGGCAGAAGAGAUAGAGGAACAUUCUAAUGAGGCAGAAGAGAUAGGGGAACGUUCUAAUGAGGCAGAGGAGAUAGAGGAACAUUCUAAUGAGGUAGAACAGAGAGAGGAAUGUUCUAAUGAGGCAGAAGAGACAGAGGAACAUUCUAAUGAGGCAGAAGAAAUAGAGGAACAUUCUAAUGAGGCAGAAGAGAUAGGGGAACGUUCUAAUGAGGCAGAGGAGAUAGAGGAAUGGUCUAAUGAGUCAGAAGAGAUAGAGGAACAUUCUAAUGAGUCAGAAGAGAUAGAGGAAUGGUCUAAUGAGUCAGAGGAGAUAGAGGAACAUUCUACUGAGGCAGAAGAGACAGAGGAACGUUCUAAUGAAGCAGAGGAGAUAGAGGAACAUUCUAAUGAGGCAGAAGAGAUAGAGGAACAUUCUAAUGAGGCAGAGGAGAUAGAGGAACAUUCUAAUGAGGCAGAAGAGAUAGAGGAACAUUCUAAUGAGGCAGAAGAGAUAGGGGAACGUUCUAAUGAGGCAGAGGAGAUAGAGGAACAUUCUAAUGAGGUAGAACAGAGAGAGGAAUGUUCUAAUGAGGCAGAAGAGAUAGAGGAACAUUCUAAUGAGGCAGAAGAAAUAGAGGAAUGUUCUAAUGAGGCAGAGGAGAUAGAGGAACAUUCUAAUGAGGCAGAAGAGACAGAGGAACGUUCUAAUGAGGCAGAGGAGAUAGAGGAACAUUCUAAUGAGGCAGACGAGAUAUAUGAACAUUCUAAUGAGGCAGAGGAAAUAGAGGAACGUAAUUAUGAGGCAGAAGAGAGAGUCAAACGUUCUAAUAAGGCAGUGAAACAUUAUGAUGAGGCAAAAGAGGUAGUGAAAGGUUCUGGUGAGCCUGAAGAAAGAGUCAAACGUUCUAAAGAGGCAGUGGAACAUUAUUAUGUUGAAGAAGAGGUAGGUAAAUGUUCUACUGAGGCAGACAGGGCAGUGGAACGUUCUAAUGAGGCAGAGGAGAUAGACGAAUGUUCUAAUGAGACAGAGGAGACAGAGGAAUGUUCUAAUGAGGCAGAAGAGAUAGAGGAACGUUCUAAUGAUGCAGUGGAACAUUAUGAUGAAGCAGAAGAGAUAGAGGAACAUUCUAAUGAUGCAGUGGAACAUUAUGAUGAAGCAGAAGAGAUAGAGGAACAUUCUAAUGAUGCAGUGGAACGUUAUGAUGAGGCAGAAGAGAUAGAGGAACAUUCUAAUGAUGCAGUGGAACGUUAUGAUGAGGCAGACGAGAUAGAGGAACGUUCUAAUGAUGCAGUGGAAUGUUAUGAUGAAGCAGAAGAGAUAGAGGAACAUUCUAAUGAUGCAGUGGAACGUUAUGAUGAGGCAGAAGAGAUAGAGGAACGUUCUAAUGAUGCAGUGGAAUGUUAUGAUGAAGCAGAAGAGAUAGAGGAACAUUCUAAUGAUGCAGUGGAACGUUAUGAUGAGGCAGAAGAGAUAGAGGAACGUUCUAAUGAUGCAGUGGAAUGUUAUGAUGAAGCAGAAGAGAUAGAGGAACAUUCUAAUGAUGCAGUGGAACGUUAUGAUGAGGCAGAAGAGAUAGAGGAACGUUCUAAUGAUGCAGUGGAAUGUUAUGAUGAAGCAGAAGAGAUAGAGGAACAUUCUAAUGAUGCAGUGGAACGUUAUGAUGAGGCAGAAGAGAUAGAGGAACGUUCUAAUGAUGCAGUGGAAUGUUAUGAUGAGGCAGAAGAGAUAGAGGAACGUUCUAAUGAUGCAGUGGAAUGUUAUGAUGGGGCAGAAGAGAUAGAGGAACGUUCUAAUGAUGCAGUGGAACGUUAUGAUGGGGCAGAAGAGAUAGAGGGAUUAGGCUGGAGGAACAGUGGAUCAUGUAACUGGAUGGAGAAGAGGAGCAAAAUAAUAAGAGAGAAUAGAGCAAAGAGACAUUAG